CUCUCGUAUCAGACGCUUGCUCGAUCACCUGCUCGUUUGCUGUCACAAUGUACCCUACACAAAUCCGAAACAUUUGUUGCGGCUCCGAGUCACGACGAGGGGCAAGUUUUGGUUUCCAAGGGUGUUUUUAUUCCUCUUCAACGUCUCUCCCGUACAGAGCCGCCUUUUUCACGUCCGCACGCCUUUUUCACAUGUCCGCACUGAUCGCAGUGGUGCCUUUACGGGCAGUCGGAGAAAUCAACGCCAACAAAAAAAUAACAUCCAGCCUAAUUAAGACCAUACCAAAGACUAUAAAAAUGGGACCCAUUGCCUCCCUGCGUGUGUGACGAUCAUUGGGACUUGAAGAAAAAAAAAAAAAUUGGGUGCGUAUUAUACAUGGGUACAGGCUUUUUUCCAGCAUCAACAUGCCAUUUUAGGGUGCGUAUUAUACAUGGGGGCGCAUUAUACACGGAAAAAAACGGUAUGUUUUCAGUACUUUCCGUUCCUGUUCUCUGAGUGCCCAAGUAUAGUAGAUAUUUCUACCUUUGUCACCGAACCAGAGAAGUAGGUAGCUGCACCGCUCUUCCUCUUCUUUUGCCCUUGAACGGACCAGAAAACAUCAAAGAAACGUGGAGUUUGAACUUGCGCCAUGCUUCGGGCGACGACAACAUACAAAACGAAUCGUUUCAUGAAGAUUGCGGGAGCAGGAAAACAUGCUGCAUUCAGGAAGGUGUAUGCUUCCAACAUCCGGCUAUGUCACUACGUGCUGCGUAAUCCUAAUGCUACGGACCAAUCAGGACAAGAUACCCAAUACGACAGGCUAACGUUACUGGACUGGCAGUCCGGACAUAUUCUAAGAGAAUAUUACAGUAAGCAGUACCAAUGUGUUAGAUAGAUCGAACUUUAGUCAGUUCCGAUCAUUUUAUAGGAGAUAGUUUGAGAAACGCGAUUGUUUACAGGGGGCUGCCACGACACUUUGCUGGGGCUCAUGGGAGCCUGGGAGCUGAGGCUCAUGGGAGUUUGCGGGUGGCUAAUGCUAUCAUGAUAGCUGCUAUACUCACGAGGCUAUUUAAUUUCAAAAUAGGCUGCUCCGUUAAUGUUUCGAGUACAUUUACUGAUCGAUUUGGAAGGGAAACAUAAGUAAGCAGUACCAAUGUGUUAGAUCAAACUUUAGUCAGUUACGAUCAUUUUAUAGGAGAUAGUUUGAGAAACGCAAUUGUUUACAGAGGGUCAUUGGUUAUUGGUUAGUGGAUGCACACCGCAACCCUAGUCAACCUCAGUUUGUUGCAGUAUAGCUUCUAUUUUAUGCGCCAUUUAAUCCAGUGCGCCAUAUAUAAUAAAUCAUUUCUAAAAUAAAAAAUUAAAUGAGGGUGCACUUUAUAACCCAGUGUGCCUUAUGGUACAAAAAAUACGGUAUUAUCCAAGAGCAUUCAGUACUUUUAGAAAUUGCUCUCAAUGUCAUUGAACCACAAAUUACUCUUAAUGAGGUUGUUUUUUCGUUUUAGUAAUUUAUUAGGGCUUUGCACCCUUUGCAGUUUUGUGUGUCAAAUUAUAAACAUUUUCUGUUUUUUUGUGCAAACAAGUUAAGAAUUAAUAGUCACUAUAAUUUAAAACAAAGUUAAAGCAAUUAUGUUACUUUAAAUGUUUUAUACAUUGAAUGCUUCAUUCGAACAUCCUUAAUUUCCUACCUCAGUCUGGCACCUAGAGCAGAUUGUCUGUGUUUGCAUAUUCUGGUACCCAGUCAUCUUCUUCUUUCAAUUCAUUAAAGCAAAAUACAAUUCAAGCAAUUUUCUCUUGUAUUUCAGAUUAUAGGGUGAUAGCAUGACCUGGAUACUAGCGUGAAUGGAAUUGAUGAAAAUGCCAAUAAUACCAAACGGUAACAACUUGCUGCAACCAUUUUUGGAUUGGGGCAACGAUGAUGAUGAUGAUGACCUAGAUGAAGAUACAACAGUGUUCUUCCAUGGAUCCCAAGGGGCCAGAGGAAAAGGUAGAGACCAACAAGGUGGCAGGCCACCAUAUAAUUCGAAACCCCCAUCAGAUUCUGACAACUGUUGGAACUGUGGGAGACGAGGACACUUGGCAAAAUCGUGUCGUUUUGCAAAACAAUACCAAUCAAAGGGUGGAGGAAACGGCAGAGGAAACGGCAGAGGGAAAGCCAAAUUCUCAGCAUGACUAGAUUGCCCCCCUGUGAUCUCUUGUCCUCCUACAGAGGAAGAGAUAGUAGAUGUCCAUGCAGCAUGGGACAUUUUGAAUGCAUUAAAAGAAAAAACAUAUGUUACCUUAAACAUUGGAGGAAGUGAAGUAGAGUUUUUGUGUGAUACCGGAGCGUGUAAGACCGUAAUAAAAACUAAAGUCCCAAAUCUAAAGGCCUCCCAAAAUACUAUUUGGGUAAAAUCUGCUGAUGGGCAGGUACACAGGGAGAGUAUCUCCAAUCCAGUUGUAGUGAGAGAUGAUGAAACGGGAGUCAUAGCUUCAGUCUCGAUUGUGCUAUCCCCAAAAUGUCCCAUAUACCUUCUGGGACGAGAUCUGAUGACUAGAUUGGGAAUUGCAAUAAUUCCAGUAAAGGAUGGCAUGCGAGCAUGUAGAGUGAGAGAUGUUGACUCAUAUGCUGCACAAGCAGGUGAGCGGAUUUUCUGUUCCUAUGACGUCUCUGCGGAACAGAAUCCCAAGCUACCAGGCAAUUUGCUGAGUGAAGCCCGAAAACAAUUGACACGACCUGAAUCAGAAAUGACUUGUAAUCAAUUACACGUCACCAUGAAUAUCCUCACUGACCCACAUGAUGACUAUAUUGAAAGGUUUCUCAGUGACACAGAAGUAACUUUAACAAUCACUGCUCUGUACACUGAUCGCAGGUCAUUUGCAGCUGCUGCUGUGCUUCUGCCCGCUCCUCAGGAUGACAAAUACAAAUUGUCGGCUGUACCCCACAUUUCAUUGUUUAAACCUCACAGUAUAACAUGGGCAGAUGUGGGUUGCCGGAUUAAACUUGCUGAUUCUGUCACUGAUUAUGAGGAUAAAGGUGAUGGGUGGAGCUACAGUACCAGUUGUGACAUGUGGAAGCGAACUGUGUGUGAAGUAGGUGUUGGUGGGGCAGGCGCGUAUGCGCGUCCCUGACUAGUUAACAUUUGUUUGAAUGAAAAGGAGGAGGGGGAAUUGGCUGGGCUUCCUGACAAGCUGUGGACAAAGGGGCCAUCUGAUGUAGGACACUUAACAUCCAUUCCGCCAGUGCAGAUCAAACCAAGAUCAGAGUGGCGUCCAAGAGUUAAGCAAUAUCCUUUAAAACAGGAGGCAAUAAACGGGAUUGCCCCUGUUAUAAAUGAUCUUUUGUCAGGAGGAAUCAUUAGGAAGUGCUCGGAUUCUCCUUGCAACACCCCUAUUUUUCCAGUUCGAAAGGCCAAUAAAAUUGAUUGGCGAAUGAUACAAACAGCAGACUGCAGGAAUGGUUUUAUGACUUCAGUGUUGCUGCAGAGCCAUGGCAGCAAACUACGACCAAUUGCAUUUUAUUCGAAAAAAUUGGAUCCAGUGGCUCAACCUUUGCCAGACUGUGUCCAAGCAGUAUGCGCGGCAGCGCUUGCAGUGAGACAAUCUGCAGAUGUGGUGCUCUUUCACAAAAUGGAGCUGCUGGUUCCACAUGCUGUAGAUGUGUUGCUACUGCAAAGCAAGAUGAACUUUUUGUCACCUGCCAGACACCUAUCCUACACUGCUACGCUUCUGUCACAACCACACAUUGUGAUAAAGAGGUGCACAGUCCUUAACCCAGCAACGUUGAUUACGUUGCCGGGGGAUGGUACACCACAUAACUGUUUGGAUGCUACAGAACAUCUACAGCUGCCCAGACAAGAUUUAAUUGACACACCACUUGACAAAGGGGAAAGGUGGUUUGUGGAUGGGUCAUGUUCAAAGGAUCCUAGAGGGAACAAUCAAAGUGGGUAUGCAAUUGUGAGAUUGCCAGACCAGAUUGUUGAAGCAGAGAAGCUUCCAUACAACAGGUCAGCGCAGGCGGCUGAGCUGAUUGCACUAACAAGAGCUUGUGAAUUGGCGGAGGAUAAGGAAGUCACUGUAUACACAGACAGUCAGUAUGCGUUUUCUACUCUGUUCUAUUUUGCAAAACAAUGGGAGCGCAGGGGGAUGACAACAUCAACUGGUAAGCCGGUUACCCAUGCCUCCUUGUUAAAAGACUUGUUACAGGCCAUUCAUUUACCUGCUAAACUAGCUGUGUGUAAAUGUGCUGCUCACACCACAGGCACAGAUGAAGCCUCGAAUGGAAACAGGUUAGCAGACAGGAUUGCUAAGGAAGCAGCGGCAGGGAAACAUGGCCAUGAUUUUUUUUAAUAGAUUCAGAGGACACGCAACUCAUAGAUAAGACUAUACUGACAGAUAUGCAGGGCAAUGCUCCAAUGGUGGAAAAACGAAUGUGGACGACAAAAGGUGCGAUAGCGGGUACAGAUAAUAUCCUCCGCAUCAAUGACAAACCUGUUUUACCUAAAUCACUUUUUAAGGCAGCAGCAAUUGCGACACAUGGGCCUUGCCAUGUGUCGACAGGGGGAAUGAGGUCCAUCAUACAUCAACAAUUCACUACUUUUGGUUUGGAUGUUUACUUAAAAAAAAUGUGUAAAGCAUGUCCCGUUUGUGUGAAACAUAAAUCCACAAGGAAACAUGAGACCUAAGAGAGGCUCAUUUCCAAAACCGUCUUACCCAUUUCAAAUCAUGCACAUGGAUUUUAUUGAGCUCACACAAAGUGGACCUCACAAAUACUGCCUAGUGAUGAUUGAUGCAUUUUCCAAAUGGGUGGAAAUAGUUCCAUCUAAACAUGCAGAUGCCUUAACAGUGGCAAAAGCCAUUUGCAAAGCCGUCAUACCGACUCAUGGCAUUCCUCAAACCAUUUACAGUGACAAUGGUCCACAUUUUGUGAACCAGGUGGUACAGAACAUGGCUGUACACCUUGGGAUAGCGUUAAAAAACCACUGCGCUUAUCACCCUUCCAGCGCUGGCCUGGUUGAACGAGCAAACUAUACUAUUAAAAGCAGGUUGAAAAAAUGCAUGGAAACAACAGGCAGACCUUGGCCAGAGUGCCUAGACUUAGUGAAGCUCUAUAUGAGAAUUACUCCCACUUCAAGAGGGCUAACACCUUUUGAAAUCAUCCACGGGAGGCCAUAUAGACUACCUGUGUUCCAUGCAGAUUUACAAAAGGCAGAUGAAGAACAGUCUUUGGCAGAUUACAUGGUCAGAAUGCUCAGACUGACAGAGGUGUCAAAUGCAAAUUUACUGCCGCCUGAUCUUUCAUCCUCACAGGUCGACAACACCAUCAAGCCAGGAGACUGGGUCUACAUCAAAGUCAUCAAAAGAAAGAACUGGGCCAGCCCACGGUGGGAGGGACCAUUCCAAGCCUUGCAGACUACCCCCACGGCAGUAAAGAUUGCUGAACGGCCCAGCUGGAUUCACCUCAGCCACUGCAAGCUACAAGGAGUGCUGGACCCCUAAUUCGGAGUGGUGGGGAAGCCUGUCUUCAUACUAGCCUCAUCGUCUAGGGUUAGACGUCUCAAUGUUGGUGAAGAGAACAACAACACCCACUCCGCUAGGCGAGGGUAUGCCUCGGAGUCCCUGUCAUCCAAGUAGCAACGGGGCUCCAUAUGCCAGGUGGAUCCUCUGCUGCGUUGUGGUUGGAGCGUGCUAUGGUCUAUGGACUCAACUGAACAGACCAAGUGACAAUGUUGACCGUGGAAGACGAUGGUCACACGAUGAGAACUUUGAGGACUGGUCAUGGGACCCCAGAAACCCAUACGAAACCAACACUUGGUACCGCUACGUCAAAUUCACUGUGAGGUCGCACACACAGGAGGGUUGCUAUGUGUGUUCCAAAACGUGGAUUGCGUAGAUGCUGUUUGACUCAGCAUUAUUUUACGGAAACUUGAUGAUUUGACCAUCGAAAAUGCCUUGCAAGUGAUGGAUUCAAUGAUGUACCGUUUCUGUGUUUUUCUUUUUCUUUUUUUAUUGAUAACAGUCUGGUCGCCUAAAGAAGAGGGACCGUGUAACUCUUUUCCUGCAUUUAAUCUGGCCGCAGGUUUUUAAGUUGCACAUACUUUGGACUGGAGUAUUGAGGGAAAAACCUCACUGGAAGUUAUUGCUUUCAUUGUAUUUUCUUACUUAUGUUUGAUUGUUCGGGUUUGACAUAAUCAUAUGAUAAAACAGGAGGGAUAUGUUAGGGUUUGCAGAAUAUCUUCAUCGUAUGAUUAUGUUGGAAUGUAACCUGUAAUAAUUUAACUAGCUUGUCCUGUCUAGACAAAAGUAGUUGACCAAAGUGCUAAGAUCUUUUCAACUGAUUGACUAGACGCAGAGGAAGCAAUCAAAGUUGCUUUGUUUACAGAAAGUCGUAAAAGGCCCCCUGCUAUGCUUUGAUCAGCAGGGGACCGGCCUCACCCUAUCCUGUGUGUUCCCAAACCCCCACUUUCAACCCCACUCUGUUUGUCUCAAUAAAUAAGCACCUGACGAGGCCUGAGUCAGACUUCAUUCGACCAUCGCUGUAAGCACAGCGACGAGUGAACU